AUUGUCAUCAUCAUCGCUAUUCACCUCAUACAACCAGCAUUCAGAAACAUGUACAUCAUAUCAACGAUAAUGAAAUUUACAAUCAUCACACUUGUAGCAUGGCUGGGACCUGCGUAUGCCAUUCAAAAUGGUACGGCUGUCAAGGACUCAACGCUCUACCCCUACUUCGUAACCAUCGGGAACCCACACGUGUGUGGAGGAGCAUUUUUAUCACUUGAACCUGAAGCUUGGGUAUUGACAGCAGCGCAUUGCGUAUACGAUGCGCCUCUUCCUCCACCAUCACCAAAUCCAUACUUUGCCAGUUUCGGCGACGUAUCUCGGCCAGAUCAACAUAUAGAAGCCAUCACUGAUUGGAUUGUCCAUCCAGGUUAUGUAACUUCAUCUGGGGACACCGACAUGCGCUAUGAUCUAGCACUGGUCAAGCUGAAACGCCCAGUCAAAGAAUCGUCCACCGUGUCUAGAGUCGCCAUCUACCAAGACACUAUGGCGCUCAACGUCAACACCACUGCAUCUGUUAUGGGCGUAGGAUACACAGGCUUCGGAUUGCCUCAACCAUCACAGUUGCUGCACAUGCUUGUCCAAGUUACCAAAUACACUCCAGGCAGCUUGGAAAUGACGGAGACAAACCCUCCCGUUAAUUCAGCGGUAUGUCACGGCGACUCCGGCGGGCCGCUCAUCGAACGAUCGCCUUGGUCAGGCCGACCGUAUGUUUUGGGUAUACUUUCCCGCAUCUUCAACGCAUACGACCCCGACCCAGGAAAUGCGACGUGCCCGUUCAAUUUCGAUACGUCGACGAAUGUCACGACAGAUGGAUACGUCAAUGUUGCAUAUUUCACGUCGUGGAUAGCGGACAUGACUGGUCUCUCAGAACAAUUCCUCACCACGCCACCUACAGCCGAUGUUUCGUGGCCAAUUCCCAAUCUACAGAAAGCAGUUCUUAGCACUGCCAACCGGGACGUCCCGGUCCCCUUCCACAUCAUUACCUGCAUUUUCAUAUUCAGUUUAUUCUAUCACAUGGUGUAAUAAAUGAGAGCAUUGUCAAGAAAGUACAGUAAAGAAAAAGGUAUUGUCUAACCCGAAAUUAUUGUCAGAUAGUAUUUUAAGAUAGAAAAAAGGGAAAGAAAUAGAUAAGGACAGAACAAAAAAAGAAAGCAUAGAUACAGACGACAUUA